AUUCUGUUUCCUGUUUGUGAAACUUAGUCGUCCUCUGUAACAGCAGAGACUCAGGCCUGAGAGCUGAUCAUGCCACUGAACCAGCUUCAUAGCUGGCUGAAUGCUGCGGUCUUUGGGCUCCUGCUUCUCCUCCUCCAUGUGCAGGGUCAGGACUCCUCAGAGGCCAGCCCCAUCAGAAACACACACACGGGCCAGGUCCGAGGCAGCCUCAUCCGAGUGAGUGACACUAAAGUUGGUGUCCACACCUUCCUGGGAAUCCCCUUUGCCAAGCCACCUGUAGGACCGCUGCGUUUUGCACCCCCUGAAGCCCCUGAACCUUGGAGUGGUGUGAGAGAUGGGACCUCCUAUCCAGCCAUCUGUCUGCAAAACCUUGAAAUGAUGAAUUCAGAGGGCCUGAUGGAUAUGAAACUGCCCCUGCCUGCAUUCUCUAUGUCUGAGGACUGCCUGUAUCUCAACAUCUACACACCAGCUCAUGCCAAUGAGGGCUCUAACCUGCCUGUGAUGGUGUGGAUCCAUGGUGGUGCUCUGGUUAUAGGCAUGGCUUCUAUGAAUGAUGGAUCCAUACUGGCAGCCACUGAGGAUGUGGUGGUUGUCACUAUCCAAUACCGCCUGGGUGUCCUAGGAUUCUUCAGCACUGGAGACCAGCACGCCAGAGGCAACUGGGGCUACCUGGACCAAGUGGCCGCCCUGCACUGGGUCCAGCAGAACAUCGCCCACUUUGGAGGCAACCCUGACCUUGUCACCAUUUUUGGUGUGUCAGCAGGUGGCACAAGUGUGUCUUCACUUGUUGUGUCCCCCAUGUCCAAAGGACUCUUCCACAGAGCCAUCAUGCAGAGUGGAGUGGCCCUGCUGCCUGACCUUAUCUCUGACACCCACGAGAGGGUCUACACUACAGUGGCCAGCCUGUCUGGAUGUGAGACCAUGGACUCAGAGACCCUGGUGCACUGUCUGAGAGGCAAGAGUGAGGCAGAGAUUCUGGUCAUUAACAAGGUCUUCAAGAUCAUCCCUGCUGUGGUAGAUGGGGUUUUCCUACCCAAGCAUCCCCAAGAGUUGUUAGCUUCUGUGGAUUUUCGUCCUGUCCCCAGCAUCAUUGGUGUCAACAAUGAUGAGUAUGGUUGGGUCAUCCCCGUGAUGUUCGGCUCUGCUCAGACAAUAAAGGAAAUAACAAGGGAGAACCUGCAGGCUGUUUUGAAGAAUACAGCAUCACAAAUGAUGUUGCCUCCUGAGUGUGGCGACCUGAUAAUGGAAGAGUACAUGGGGGACACUGAGGACCCACAAGCCCUCCAAAUACAGUACACGGAGAUGAUGGCAGACUUCAUGUUUGUGAUCCCUGCACUCCAAGUAGCACAUUUUCAACGUUCCCAUGCUCCUGUCUACUUCUAUGAAUUCCAACAUCAACCCAGCUACCUCAAGAGUUUCAAGCCACCCUAUGUGAAGGCUGACCAUUCUGAUGAGGUUCCUUUUGUCUUUGGGUCCUUCAUCUUUGGUAUAAAACUUGUCCUCACUGAGGAGGAGAAGCUACUGAAUGAAAGGAUGAUGACGUACUGGGCCAACUUUGCUAGACAUGGGAACCCCAACAGCGAGGGUCUACCCUACUGGCCCAUGAUGGACCAUGAUGAGCAGUACUUGCAGCUGGACAUCCAGCCUGCUGUGGGCCGAGCCCUGAAGGCCAGAAGACUGCAGUUCUGGACCAAGACUCUGCCCCAGAAGAUCCAGGAGCUAAGGAAAUCUCAGCACAUGCACAAAGAGCUAUAGUGCCCUGUGUGAGGAAUGGUGUGUAGCAUUGGCUGCCGAUGGGGUCACCUUGAGGUUCCCAAAACUUAUUGAGUGAGCUGGGUUGAUCCUAACACUCACAUAACCUCUGCACUAGUCUGUUCUGCAUUCAUCAUGAAUCCUCUGCCUGUGAUUCUAUCCUGCUGGGUCAUCUUUGUUAGACCCACUCAAUGAAUGCUCCAUAACAACAGGAAUUGUUAACCUUCCAAGCAGGCUCAGCUCCUUUCACACUCCACUGGUACUAGGCCUCUUCACAAGUUAAAACCUGCCUGAGCUAUAGAACAAGCUCUUGGAAGGGCUAGAUUAGUUAUGCUUUCUCUCCACAAGAGAAACUCAAAAAAUUAUAAAAAUAUAAUUUCAGUGAGUGGGUUAAUAAAGGGGGAGAAAGAGGAAAAGAAGGAAAUGGAUGUGGAGGAGAAGAAAGGGAGGAAGAUAAGGAAGAGGAGGAAGGGUAAAGUAGAGGAAGAAAUAAUGAAGUUGGAAGGAGAAUAUUGUGUACGUUUCGGGGGUCUUGAGGGUGUUGGGAUGUAGGAUUGCAUAAAACACAUUGUAACAAUGUAUGAAUUUACCAAGGAAUUAAAGUUUCCAAAUAUCUGG